GCACGUGGGGAGCUAGGCCGCACCGCGCCGCCCGGGUGGGGGCCGGAGCGGUGCCAUGGCGGCGGCGGUGGGCGCCGAGGGGCGGCGCGCGACCCUGGAGGCGAUGGUGGUGGCGCCUCCGGAGCGGGGCGGUGGGAGCUGCGUGCUGUGCUGCGGAGAUCUGGAGGCCACGGCUCUGGGCCGCUGCGACCACCCGGUGUGCUACCGCUGCUCGACCAAGAUGCGGGUGCUGUGUGAGCAGCGCUACUGCGCCGUGUGCCGCGAGGAACUGCGCCAGGUGGUCUUCGGGAAAAAGCUUCCUGCCUUUGCCACUAUACCCAUCCAUCAGCUGCAGCAUGAGAAGAAGUAUGACAUCUACUUUGCAGAUGGAAAGGUGUUUGCAUUGUACAGGCAGCUGCUGCAGCAUGAGUGCCCACAGUGCCCCCAAUUGCCGCCCUUCGGCCUCUUCGGGGACCUGGAGCAGCACAUGCGGAAGCAGCAUGAGCUCUUCUGCUGCAAGUUGUGCCUGAAGCACCUCAAGAUCUUCACAUAUGAACGCAAGUGGUACUCACGAAAGGACCUGGCCCGGCACCGUAUGCAGGGAGACCCUGAUGACACAUCACACCGGGGACAUCCACUUUGCAAGUUCUGUGAUGAGCGGUACCUGGACAAUGAUGAACUGCUCAAGCACCUGCGCCGCGACCACUACUUCUGCCACUUCUGUGACUCAGAUGGGGCCCAAGACUACUAUAGUGAUUACUCGUAUUUGCGCGAGCACUUCCGGGAGAAGCACUUCCUCUGUGAGGAGGGCCGCUGCAGCACAGAGCAGUUCACUCACGCCUUCCGCACUGAGAUUGAUCUCAAGGCACAUAGGACAGCCUGCCAUAGCCGCAGCCGUGCAGAGGCACGCCAGAACCGCCAGAUUGACCUGCAGUUUAGCUUCCCACCGAGGCACUCACGUCGGAGUGAGGGGGUCGUUAGCGGUGAGGACUAUGAAGAAGUGGACAGGUACAGCCGACAGGGCCGAGCAGGCCGGGCCAGUGGGCGUGGAGCCCAGCAGAGCCGCCGAGGAAGCUGGAGGUACAAGAGGGAAGAAGAAGAACGAGAAGUAGCAGCUGCCAUCCGGGCAUCAGUGGCUACUCAGCAACAGGAUGAGACUCGUAGGAGCGAGGACCGUGAAGAAGGCACCAGGCCCAAGAAAGAGGAAGCAGCUGCCCGGGGUCCUGAGGAGCCCCAUUGUCCUCGGCGCCUGCCCCGUGCUCAGGGGGAAGGCCCAGGCCCCAAGGAAGCCUCAGGAAAUGGUCCACUAAGCCAAGAAGCCUUCCCUGCCCCAGGCCCGGGCCCAGCAGCUGCCCCUCCAAGCACCCCCCUCCCACUUACCCCAAAGCUCAAGGAUGAAGACUUCCCCAGCCUCCAUGCUUCCACUUCCUCCUGUUGCCCAGUGACGACCCCAGGCCCUGUAGGGUUGGCGUUGGUAUACCCUGGGGCCACCAGGGGCAGGAAUACUUUCCAGGAAGAGGAUUUCCCUGCCUUGGUGUCCUCAGUGUCCAAGCCCAGCACUGCUGCCCCCAGCCUCAUCUCUGCCUGGAAUAGCAGCUGUGGCAAGAAGGGGGCCCUGUCUACCCCCGGGACUCAGGCUGCCAGUGGGGGUGCCCAGCCCCCAAAGAAGCCAGGAAAAGGCAUCAAGGGCUGCCGGAAGGCUGGCUCAGCCCCCGUGGAAGAAGAGGGAGGUGGCCUCACUGUGCAGGAGCUGCGGACCACACCUACCACAGUAGCUGUCUCUACCCUGCUGGGGUCGGCCUCCAGCCAUACCUCCACCAAGGUCAGCAAGAAGAAGAAGGUGGGCUCUGAGAAGCCCGGUCUUACGGUAUCCCCUUCUGUGCCCUCCGAACAUACACCAAACCCCCCUGGGGUUGAGCAGCCCCUCGACAUCUCUGUGAGCCGAGCUGAGGGGCCAGUCAUCAAUGGACACACUGACGGGCCAGUGCCAGGGCGGAGUGCCCCCAAGGAACCCCCUGGGCUCCCAAGGCCCCUGGGGCCUCUCCCCUACCCUGCACCCCAGGAAGACUUCCCUGUGCUGGGAGGACCCUGCCCACCCAGGAUGCCUCCUCCCCCAGGCUUCAACACUGUGGUGCUCCUCAAGGGUACCCCACCCCCACCAGGCCUGAUGCCUCCCAUCAACAAGCCACCCCCUGGCUUCUCCAGCUUUCUGCCUGGUCCCCACACAGCUUGCGUCCCCAGCCCCCCCACUACUACCACAGUGAAAGCACCCAGGCUGACACCCACACCACGGUCCUACUUGGUCCCUGAGAACUUCCGGGAGAGGAACCUCCAGCUGAUCCAGUCCAUCAAGGACUUCCUGCAGAGUGAUGAGGCCCGCUUCAGCAAGUUCAAGAGCCAUUCGGGGGAGUUCAGACAGGGAAUGAUAUCUGCAGCCCAGUACUAUAGGAGCUGUCGGGACCUGCUUGGGGAGAACUUCCAGAAGAUCUUUAGUGAGUUGCUGGUGCUGUUGCCAGACACAGCCAAGCAGCAGGAACUGCUGUCUGCACACACGGACUUCUGCAGCCGUGAAAAGCCUCCUGUUGCCAAAUCCAAGAAGAAUAAAAAGAACGCAUGGCAAGCCAGUACUCAGAAUGUGGGCCUGGACUGUUGUGUGUGCCCUACCUGUCAGCAGGUGCUUGCACAUGGAGAUGUCAGCAGCCACCAGGCAUUACAUGCUGCCCGGGACGAUGAUUUCCCCUCCCUGCAAGCCAUUGCCAGGAUCAUCACGUAGCUCCUGCCAGAGUGGGCAGGAGCUGUCAUACCUGUGCAGUUCUUUUCCCUUUUUUUCUUCCUCUUGGCUGCCAGGCAGCCAGGUAAGGUUCUGGGCACGCCACUGCACAGAGCUUGGCAGUUGGCCAGGCCUGCUGGGAGUCACCAGAAAUGGCCACCAUGGGCUGACAGCACGGUGUCUUGCAGACAUCUCAUUCCCUGCUCAUUAGUAGGCCAGUCUUGGUUUCUGUUCUGUGCUUUUGGAAGGUGCCAAGGGAAAGAAGGGCUGAGAUGCUGGGAACUGUGCCUGUUGUCACAGCCAGAGACCAUAGUAGCCCAGAAUGGGUCUCCUGAGUCUGGGACCUAUAGCCCCCAGAGCCAAAAGCUGUGAGUCCACUGGUGCUGGGUCAGAUGUUGAGUGUGUUGUGUAAGGAGUUGGCUAUUUCAUAACUCAAGAAUGUUGCAGAUUAAAAGCAGACACAAAUUGUGCUAUUGAAGUUGAAUCUUUUUACAAGACAAGUUGAAUCUGGAAUCUUAAAUUGUCUCUGACAUUUUAUAAGACAGUUUAUCUUCAAAUAAAUUUAUUUUGCAGUAUUGCAUCUA